AUGACUCGUCACUAUUAGCGCUCUCUUAUCAGCACCAGCACAGCCAGACAGCAGCACCACAUCUCUCCAGCCCUCCUGAAGAACACCACUCUCAGCCAUGAAGCUCCUGCACCUGCUGCUGUUCUCGCUCCUGCUGGGAGCUUUAUACGCGAAGGCAGAAGAAGAGAAGACUGAGGAAGGAUCUGAAGAGGAGAAAGAAGAGGAGGAAACUGAACCAGAGAAAAAAGAGAAGACAGAAGAGAUAACUGAGGAGAAGGACGUCUUGGUUCUUCACAGUGUAAACUUCGACAGGGCCCUCAGCGAGAGCAAGUACCUGCUUGUGGAGUUCUAUGCCCCAUGGUGUAGUCAUUGUCGUAUGCUGGAGCCAGUUUAUUCCCAGGUUGCCAGGCAGCUAAAGAAUGAGUCUUCUCCCAUACGACUGGCCAAGGUUGACGCCACCGAGGAGAAGGAGCUAGCUGAGGAGUUUGGUAUUGAUGGCUUUCCAACACUUAAAUUUUUUAAAGAGGGCAGAAGACAAAAUGCCACUGACUUUACAGGAAAGCGGACUGAGAAGGGUAUUAAACUGUGGUUGCAGCGACAAGUGGAGCCCCCAGCUACUGUCCUGAAGAAUACCAAAGAUGCUCAAGAACUUCUGGAUGCACAUGAUGUGGUUGUGGUUGGAUUUUUUGAUGACUUGAAUGGGGAGGAGGCUAAAGUGUUUUACAGCGUUGCAGUGGACAUGGUCAGCCUGAAUUUUGGCAUCACCAGCAGUCCAGAGCUCUUCAAGAAGUAUAACGUGAACAAGGACUCAGUCGUGCUCUUCAAAAAGUUCGAUGACAAGCGGGCAGACAUUUCCCUCCCUGAGGACGGCAAGCUGGACAAAGACAACCUGGUCACUUUUAUCCAGAACAACAGUCUUGAGCUCAUCAUCACAUUUAGUGAAGAGAAUGCUGAUAAGAUCUUUUCCUCCAAAGUCCAUAACCACAUCCUUCUCUUCAUAAACACAACCAUCGAGUCCCACAAUGCCCUGCUUGAUGACUACAGAGCUGCUGCAGUCGAGUUUAAAGGGAAAGUUCUGUUCAUUAAGAUAGACGUCAACGAAGAGGUUUCCCAUGUGAUGAAGUAUUUUGGUAUUUCUGCGAGUGACACUCCUGUUCUCCGCUUCAUCAACACUGACACGGUGAAGAAGUACGCCAUGGAGGAAGAAACCAUCAACAAGGACACACUGAAGACUUUCUGCCAGGGUGUGCUGGAUGGUAAAAUAAAGCCUCAUCUGAUGAGCCAAGAGAUUCCAGAAGACUGGAAUAAGAAUCCUGUUAAAGUCCUGGUGGGGAAGAACUUCGAACACAUUGCCUUUGAUGAGAGCAAGAAUGUCUUUGUGGAAUUCUAUGCUCCGUGGUGUGGUCACUGUAAAGAACUUGCCCCGGUGUGGGAGAAGCUGGGAGAGAAGUAUAAGGACCAUGAGGAUAUCAUCAUUGCCAACAUGGACUCCACAGCCAAUGAGGUGGAGGGAGUAACAGUGCAGGGAUUUCCCACCCUGAAAUUCUUUCCAGCAGGGACUGAAAGAAAGAUUGUAGAUUACAAUGGAAAGAGAGAUUUGGAAACAUUCUCCAAAUUUCUGGAUAAUGGUGGAGUGUUACCUGAAGGGGAGAGUGAGAAAGAGGAUGAUGAUGAUGAGGAUGACGAUGACGACGACGAUGAUGACGAUGAUGAUGAAGAAGAUGAUAAGGACAAAGAUGAAGAAAAGGACAAGGUCAAGAAAGACAGUGAAGAAGAAGAGGACUCACGAGAGUCGGCAGAAGAUUCAGAGAAACCCAGCAAUGAAUCCAGCAGCAAAGAUGAGCUGUAAAAAAACAACUCAGGAAUCAAGCAACUUGUAUAUCACCAGAGUUAAAUUGCAUAAAAGCGAUACAACUGAAACUAAAUAGACUAUUGGAUCACAGGUUCUUUUCAGGAAGAAUCAGUUCCCUACACUGAACCAUUUAAACGUCAGUCUAUGCAACAAUGCCGAAUCACUGAUCAUAGUCAUGGUUUAGGUGUAUAAAAUAAACAUCUCUCUUGUUCUCUUACAGACCCCAGGUAAUCUCAGAUCACCAGACCUCAGGUCUAGUCAGAGCAUUUCCCAGGUGUUUCUACAGACCUCGAGAAAGAAAUGGGAAAUGUUCUUUUUUUUAACAAUCAGAUUAAUUCCAAAUAAAAACCCUGAAAGAUUUUGACAGAUGUAAAUGCACAUAUAAAACAGGAAACAUCAGAAAGUAUUAUGGUAUAUCCAUUCAUUGGCUUUUGAUUGUGUAUUUAGUCACGUUUUUAUAAUGUGUUUAAAAAGUUAGAUUUAAAGCAUUUCUAAACCCUGUUGAAACUGUUUUAACUGAAUAAACUCUACAUAAUAA